CGGGCAGUCGGGCGGCGGCGGCGAUGCGGCGGCCCCGCUGAGCCCCCCUGCUCCUGGCGCCGGGGGCCGGGAGUGCGCGCGCGAGGCGGCCCGGGCCGGGCGGCAGCAUGCGGAGCGGCGAGGAGCUGGACGGCUUCGAGGGCGAGGCCUCGAGCACCUCCAUGAUCUCGGGCGCCAGCAGCCCGUACCAGCCCACCACCGAGCCGGUGAACCAGCGCCGAGGGCUGGCCGGCCUGCGCUGCGACCCGGACUACCUGCGCGGCGCGCUCGGCCGCCUCAAGGUCGCCCAAGUGAUUUUGUCCCUAAUUGCGUUCAUCUGCAUUGAGACCAUCAUGGAGUGCUCCCCGUGCGAAGGCCUCUACUUUUUCGAGUUUGUAAGCUGCAGCGCAUUUGUGGUGACUGGAGUCUUGCUGGUUUUGUUCAGCCUCAACCUUCACAUGAGGAUCCCCCAGAUCAACUGGAACCUGACAGAUUUGGUCAAUACGGGACUCAGCACUUUCUUUUUCUUUAUUGCCUCCAUCGUACUGGCUGCUUUAAACCACAAGACCGGAGCAGAGAUUGCCGCCGUGAUAUUUGGCUUCUUGGCCACAGCAGCUUACGCGGCGAGCACUUUCCUGGCUGUGCAGAAGUGGAGAGUCAGCAUCCGCCAGCAGAGCGCCAAUGACUACAUUCGAGCCCGCACUGAGUCCAGAGAUGUGGACAGUCGCCCGGAGAUCCAGCGCCUGGACACGUGAGGACCCCCAGAGUCCUGCUUCCACCACAUGCCCACCUGUCCUUCAAUCAAGUUUUCUUUCUCUCAGCACAUUAGAUCUUCAUGUGAUUCCGUUGAAUUUUGUCCCCUUUGGUAAAAAUUCACUUUGGGAAAGGCUGUCCAUAGUGGCCCGGUGGGCAACUCUGUGUGGCUGGAAAGGCCUGCAUCCUCUGGCCCUGGGUGGCUGUGGGGGCAGUAGCCCCACUGACCACCCACGUCCACUCUAGGUCUCAGCUGUCCCAGAGCACUGGCUCUCAUCCCAGAGCCACGUUGUCAUAUAUAUUUGUGAUGAGUCAGAACUUUGGGUCAAAUGGGCUGCUAAGAGGGGGAAGUGCAUGUCAGGACAUGAAGGUGUAGGGUUGUUACGGUCUCAGCCUUGAUUUCUGGGCAGUCCCUGUAGUGUGCUCUGGGUGGAUGUUGAGUCUGUGUGCCAGGAUCCACCCUCAUUGUCUUCCAUACCUGGGGUGCCCGGGUCGUCAGCACAGCCUGAAGGCCACAUGGGACUCUGGGGGUCUUGGUGAUGGAUCUCUUUGUGUGGUCUGUGUGUUGCAAGGACAGGAAAAAGCUGGUAUUCUGUGGGGACAGUUCCAUGGGAUACUGACUCUUGGAAGGGUCUCCAUUUUUCUCCUACCUUGCUGAGAAAUCACUUGAUUCUUCCUCAAAAGAACCACCUUCCUGAGUCCCAGACUCUUCCAGUGAUAUGAAGACCAUUUUGUUUGCCAGUUUUCCUGCCUACCCUAAACCUGGAGGCUGAAUUGCAGUUUCUGCAAUUUUACCUUCUCAGGUAAAAGCCACGAAGGAAACACAGCCCCAUUCCGCCAGCCAAAGCACUUGCCAGCCUGCUGGCCUCCUGGACCACAUAUGGGAAGUAUGUAUGUAUGUGUGUGUGUGUGUGCACUACAAAUCAACACACACACACACACACACACACACACACACCUGUUUUAUGGAUAUGAACUGAUUUGCUCAAUGCCAGAGAAGAGUUCUAAAGUGACGCUGGGUAGACUUGUCCAGGAUUCGAGCAUACUUGAAUUUGUACCAGGGCAUGUCCUUCCACGGACGUUCCAAGGCACUAACUGUUGCUUUGGAUGUUAUCAUGAACAUCAAUCUUGGAAGCUGUUGGGGGGAAAAAUCCUACUUAAGGUUUUUGAUUGGUUCUUGAUAAAGUGAGAAUUAUUUUUGUGGUGAACGAGUUAAAUAAGCCUCUAGGAUGCUGUAGUUUUUGUGUUUUAGAGACUAAUUUUAUCUUUUAUGGCAAAAUGAUCUUAAUUUGUCAGGUUUUUCACUCUAAACCAUUAUGUUUACAGAUCUCACUCUAGCUCUGAUAUUUUGGGUUGAGUCCUAUUGAGGAAAAGACAACUGUUGGCAGGAAGGUCUUGCAGGAUCUUGUACCAGGAUGACUCACAGUGCCACAGUGUGCCGUGGACUAAACAGUCAAGAAGGGGCUGGGGAGGAGAACCUGUGACACAUCCCUCCCUGAGCCUGUGUGGCACUGCAGUCUUCAGGAAAGAACAGCAUCUGAGUUAACAGUGAAGAGGGGCUGCCGGCCAGCAGAUGUCAUGUCUGGUGGUCAGGGCCAAAGGUCAGCUCCUUAAACCCAGUGUCCAGCACAGUCCAGUUCUGCUGCGGUUCCUGUCUGGGGCAGUGGCCCAGGUCACAUGGCCAAGCUUGUGUCUGGUUUCAGGGGUUGAUCCAGCUAGUCUAGUGGUAACUCCUACCCCUCCCCACUUCUCCCACAGAGGGCAGUCUGGGUCUGGCCCCAUGCCCGGUGAGUCUGGUAGAGCCCACUUCACAUGUCUGUCUGAGUCAGAACACCUCGUGCUUCCCCAGCUUUGAAUCUAUUAGAUGGGGUGAUAUGGGGGGAAUGAUGGCAUCUGGAUUUUAUCUGUUCAUUUCACAUGUUUAUUUGGUAUUUGUUGAGUGUGUCUGCAUGAUCAAAAUUGGGCUUAUCUCCCUUUGAGAAUUCCAUUCAAAAUCACUUCACAAAGACCCGGCCAUGUGUCAGCUGGGUCCCACUUAAAGGACCACCCUGAGCUUUAUCAGGAAUCUUCUGGGAGUCAUGUUACUUGGCCUCAGUAGAAGGCCACCUUUGAAGUGAGUCUGAGAAAAAACUAUUUAGGCUGGUUGUUGCCUGAGUUUCCCCAUGACUUCAGCGAAGCCAGUUUCUCAUCUGGUGAAAAGGAACAAUGCCUGCCUCCUGAGGAUGUGCUUUCAGCUGAAAGGAAGAGUUCUGAGGUCUAUGAAGACAGCAAGUACCCCGGGAGGCUAGGGAGCCAUGCCGCCUUGUGCCCAGACAGACUCGGGAGUUAAUUUGCAUCUUAGAGAUAGAAAUCUUUGGCAUUAUUUAUGUCCUAGUAACUAUUUAAUUCCUUUGUGAUAUGAGGCUUACCCAGGGGUUUUGUAAAUGUAUUUCCUUGUUCUAUUUAAUUAGUUCCCAUCGAAUCAGAAGUGGCCCAUACACUUUCUGCAUGUACUGAGUGUACUGAGGGCAUGGCCUGAGGAAAAGUAAAGCAUGCUGCUCAUCUGCAGCCACGUCAAGGCACCUGUAGAGUUUUCUUAUGUAGUCUCCAGGUUUGGGAUCUUAAAUUGAUCUCUGAAAAUUGAAGGAAAAGUGUGUGUGUGUGUGUGUGUGUGUGUGUGUGUGUGUGUGUGUGUG